AACAAACGCCACCAAUUAAAUGUCAAACAUGACAGUUUGCCCGUUCGGUACGGUUGGUCGGUCGAUUGUCGGCAUCUGGGCAUAUGUUGCGCUGUAUGAAUGCACAAUUCCUUGCUGAUAUCACCAACCAGUCACUGACUUUGACGUCGAUUCAUGUGCUUUGCAUGCCAUCACUGUGCCACAAAGGAGUGAUUCCAUUUAUCAACAUUUCAAAAUUGAUAAAUUCCACUCGGUCGUUUGAUAUUUUAAACGAUAUGAGCGAAACACUUAUCGAAAUUCGAUGAUAAUAGUUUGAUUUCAUUUGCUAUUCACGGCGAAAUGGUCAGCUUUGAUAUUAUUGAAAAUAUUUUUCUUUCACCUAAUAAUCAUUGAGAUUUUCAUGCAAUGACCACUUUGUUUCAUAUUUUUUCCAUGUUUCAUUUAUUUUCAUCGAAUUUACCUACCCAUUUGUAAUCAUAUUCAAUUUUCAUGGCCAACUAAAUCACCACUCGAAUGUCUAAUGUGAACCGCACCAUAGUUCAACGCUGCACAGUUGGUCAAACUGUCAACUGCCAAGCGCGCUAUGACAUAUGUUGUACAUAAAACAUUCAGUCUACUACUAACGAAAUUUCGGAGCAUUCGCUUGUUUGUGUUGCUCUCACUUUUAUUCACUGUUUUUGUUUUCUAUGUCUGUUGUUUUCAAAAUUAUUUUUGUAGUUGUGUAAAAUUCUUUGUUUGAAAAUAUGUUUUGAAAUUAAGAGAGAAAAAACCAUUGGAAAUUAUUGGAAAAAUUUGUUUUUUUUUUGUUAUUUAAAUUGAACGUAUUUUGUAAUGUCGAGCAUAACAAAGCAUCAGUAUGAUUUCACAAACGGUAAGUGCGCAAAUAAGGAGAAUGUAUCGACUAACGGCAAACGAAGUGAAGUGAAAAAAUCAUCAAGUGGCAUUGACAGCAACUUCGAUUGGGCCGAGAAACAGGCAAUUAGCCAACAGAGAAAGUUGCGCUUGAUACAGGUGCGACAACAAUCCAAGGAAAUUGCAGCACAAGUGCGUGAAAAUGUUCGAAAAGAGGAGCAACGUCAAAUUGAACUAUUAAAUCGUGUUAAAGAAGAUGAAGUGUUAAAAUGGCGUCAAAAACAAUUGGGAAUCAUUGAACAAGACUAUCAAACGCGUCUGGCACAAAUUGGUGAAGCACAUUUGAAUGCAGCACGUGAAAAUGAUAGGCAACAACAAUUCGAAGAACAAAAAGAGAAAAACCGACGACUUGCAUUAAAACGCGGUAAAAUUGCGGCACAGAAACUGAAAGAGGAGCAAAAUAUGAAGCCAACAAAACAAACGAACAAAGUGAAAGAGAAGCAAGUGGUGACGGUUUCGAAAAAGGUUGAGAGUUCACCCGAGACAAGUAGCGAUUCGUCGACUUCAUCGUCUUCUUCAAGUGAUAGUUCGACUGCUUCGGUCAUUUUGGUUGAAGAUAAAAAGAAACCGCAGGUUAAGAAUAAAAUUCCGGCAGUAUCUAAAUCCGUGAUUUCUCCGAAGAAGAAGACUUCAUCGACGAUGGUUAAGCCAACGGAAUAUAAUCCAUCGCGCUAUGCUUCGGCCAAUAAUAGCACAGCCACCGAUUUCUCGCUCACUGACAGUCCAAUGAGCGAUCCACCGCCAUUGAUUACAAAGGUAUCAGAUUUACUAGGCCGACGACCAGCCAUCAAAUCAACCACUUCACUUCGGUCAAGUCCACACAUUGCUAAAACAUACAAAUUAGACAAGAGCCCGGUUUCAACGCGAAGCGUAACGAGAAAAACACCGCAGAAAUCACCAAUGAACGCAAUAUCAUCGCGGCUAUCGCGAGUUAUUAAAACUCCAUCGAAAACUAGUGGUAAAUCACCAAUGAAAGUGCUACCGGAGAGAAAACAUUUUGUUCCCGAAUUUGUCAGGGGCAGCACUUCGACGGCAACAACACAACGACCAUCAAAGGUUCAAUUCUAUGAUCAUGCCAAUAAAUACACUAGGCAAUAUGAUGGAAACAUCGAUUUAAUCGAGAAAGUACAGAAGGUUACACCACUCAGCGCAUGGGAUGAAGCCAGACGAAAGAUUGAACUCGAUGAGGUCAAACGAACUGAACUGUUGAACAUGAAGAAAUUGGCUGAAAAUCGCUCAAAAGUAGCAUUGGAAAAGGAGAAAAUCCGAAGAGAUUAUGAACUAAUGUCGACACAAUUGAGUGAAAUUUUGAAGAACAAUGAAUUAGCUAACAGUUUUGUACAGACCAAUGAAAUGCUUUCGGAGUCACGACUCAAGCGAUUAGCCGAAGAGAAGCAACAAUUGAUGAAUGAAGAAUUUCGUAGUGUUUUAAAAAAACCGACCGUAAUCACAUGUCCAAAGGUUAAUCCAAAGGGUGUCAGAGCUUCCUCUCAGCAGCGAUCAGAUUCGGAUGAUUUAAAUGUCGCCGAAGCUAAGUCUAAAGCCAGAUCGAAUGGUACUAAACCGAAACAAUUGCAAAAGGAAGAUGUGUCAUCUGAUAGCACCAACUCAUUUUUGUUGGAUUAUGUCACCGAACGCUCGAAUAACAUCACUGACGAUAUAAAUCGUUGUCGAAACAAUAACAAUGACAAAGGUUCGAAUCAAACGAAAAUUAAGGCUCUACAUGAAUUACUCAACCAAGUCAAUUCAUUCCGCCGACUUUUGUGCGAAGAAAUCCAACAGAACAAUGGUGAUAUAAGCCGCAUUGACACCAGCCAAUUCAUGACCGAAAUCGAUAAAGUAGAAGAGAAGCAACAAGAAAUUAUGAAUGAAAAAUCUGUUGAAAAGACAUCGGUUAAAAAACAGUCGAUGCCGGAUCGAGAAGGUGAACAAGAUCGCGAACGAGAACGCGAACGAGAACAAGAGCUGAAGGAACGUGAACGUCUUUUGAAAAUCAAAGAGUCGUGCAUCGACGAAAAAGCCCGUCAGCUGUACUUAAGAGAGAAAAAGAUCGUAGAACAGAAAAAUCAGCCGAUUAAAUCGGCCCUAAAAUCGACUAAGGAUAAAAAUGCCGUUGCUGUUGUAACCGCCAAUGGAACAGAGUCCCGAGACGAUAUACCAGUGCGAAUUGUGAUCAAUGUGAAUAAAAAUGAACAACGUAGAGAAAAAUCCACGGAAGUUGUUGUGAACGACGUGAAAUGGGGUGAAAAAUUGAAAAAAUCUUCAAAAGAAAAUAUUCAAAUCGUCCCAGUGACGAAUGGAAAUGGCAAAAUAUACCCAAAAACUCCGGCCAAAUCAAAGGUCACUAAAACGGAACGGAAAGAGUUUGACAUUUUAUCAGAAUCAACAACACUCACUGCCUAUUUAAGCCCACCGGUACAAGUUGAAACGCAAUUAACAAAAGCAAUGCAACAUGGUGCCAUAUCAAAUGAUUUGAAUAAUCAAUCAUCGGGUGAGAACAAACCGGUUAGUGACACUGAACUCCUACACUAUGUAAUUCGAAUGUUAGGUAUGUCACGAACAUCGAUCGAGCAGUUGAAUAUGAGUUCAGUGAGCACGGUUCGAACUCCUAAUUCAUCGAUCAUCAAUGUGAGCAGCAAUCGACAAUUCAUAUCGAGUACGACCUCAACACCAAUUUCCCAUAUAUCUUCAGCUUCUGUCGAACAAUUGCAAUUGGUGGACAAGGCGAAACUUCAACAACUCGCCCGCUUUUUGGCGGAAAAUAACAAAUUAGCAACAAAAACGCGCAAAGACAGCAAAGAAAGUGGCGCAUCCAGUGGUGUCUGGGAUGAUAUUUUGUCGAAGAAAAACGAACCGAAUUCGAAAUCCGAAAAAACCGACAACGCGAAACCGAAACCAACGAAAGAAGCAUCGCUUAAAAAUGAUCCGGUACAAGAUCCAGACGAAAAGUUAUCAAGAGACGAUUUGAUUGCCAAAUAUGAUGAACUGGCAGCCAACUGCACUAAGCGCAUCAUCAAUUUGGACUCAAUGAUUUCGAAGGUUCGCGAAGAGAAGCAAAAAUUGUUGGAGAAUACACUUUCAUCGGCAAGCAGUUUGUUAACAGGACAAAAGGAAACCGGGCCCACGGAAUAUUUGGAUAUACCACAACCGGAACAGAAUCAAAAAGGACAACAAGUCAACGGCUCACCACUAUCCGAUAGUAAAGGUACAAAUGCACCCUCAUCCGAUUUCUCAUCAACAAGUGGAACGGCUGAUACUUCGAUGCCCAUUGAAAAUCGAGCGAGUCUUUUUGCAAGCAGAAACAAACCGCUCGGCGAAAGCAAAGACAGUGGCGUUGGCAACAGUAGACCAGUCACUUCGUCGGAUUAUCGCGAAAGUCCCGAUUUGAAGCAAACCACAAAGGCCGCCGAAUUGGAACGGAAUACGAAGCUACUGCAAAAUGCAUUGCGCGAAAGUCAGCAAAAGGCUGAUUUUGUGCCGUUUUUGAAAGACGUUCCGAAAUUCAAUUAUUCAUCGGAGCAAGAACAACAAAAAUCACUCGAACCAAUGCCAACGAAUAGCCGAGAUAAGAGUGUGAAACCACCGCCACCAGUUGCUAUGACGAGAUACAGUCCACAACUGGAGGACGAGUUACCACAUGAGCUAUCAACAAUAACUGAAGUCGACACACCAGUCACAUCCCGAUUGAAUGCAACCGAUAUGACGAAUGUGAUUGAAACAACGACGAAAAAUGGCUCCAUAAAACUGGCACCAGAUGACGAAGCACUCAAGCUCCUCUACAAAGCGUUUCCAAAUUUCAAGGAAUACAUCAAAGCAAAUCCUGACAUUUCUCAGCUGUCAUUGGCCAGUGUGAAUGAAUCCAUUGCUACUGGAACGAGUAGUGUGUUGACCGAUACAAAAUUAGUGAAAUUGCUUGAAGGUGUUCAAACCGAUGACUUUAACUACAGAACAUUCCAAGGUGACCGCCCAGAUCUGGAUAGCAUACAAUUGAAUGAAUCUGAAUUGGCGUUGAGCUAUAAAAAAUUCCCAACACAUUCCGAAUAUGCAAAAUCGGUUCCUGGUUUGCUGGAUAGUCAAAGCAUCGAACAAGUCGAUCUGUCCGAUGCAACUGAAACCUCGAACUCCAGCCUACCGGAUAUUGUCAAUGAACUAAAGAGCAGAAAAAUACUGGAGCAUUCAUUCGAAGAAGCAAAAGACAAAGGAGGAAACUUGGACGAUUUGCUUGUGAUUCAUAGCAAUCGAAAGACCUCUUCUCUGACAACGCUACCAAAUGACGAAGUGUUUUCGGAUGCACUCGAAAACGAAUUAAAUGACAUGGGUUUGGCUUGGGUUUCAGCAGAGCUAAAGAAAUCAAAAGCAGUCGGUGCAUCUACAUCACAAUCGUCAGAUUCUUCGAAUCAUGGUGAUAAAUCGCGUCAACCAUCAUCGCCGGUCAAACCGAAAGCGGCUAAGAGAACAUUCCAAAAGAUGAAUCAAAGCAAGGCCACCAAUGACAGUUUUGUUGAUAAAAAUUUAGUCGCAACACACACUGGGACAGUAGAACGCAACGCAACAACAUCACAGCCAACUGAUCCCGAAUCACUUGCAAAAUCGAUCAAACUCAAAGAUUUUCUUGCUCGUGAGCUGUUGAAGCAUAGCUCAAUAUCGUCGUCAUCCGAUUCGUCUAUGGUCAGCAUAUUUCUGAAAUCAUUUUUGGGCCCCACGUCGGGUUGCAUGCCAGAAACUCCACAGAAUCGCGGCGUCGAUAAGCAACGCACAUCAACUCCGGUUGAUCAUAGCAGCGACGGAAAAGAUUCAGGCUCACGAAAAGUUUAUCGCACAUCAAGCACCAUUCAAGAUUCGAAUAAAAAUCAAACCGAAUCGCCCACGUUUUUCUCAAACGAUAGUCAAAUAUCAUCGGUGCGCAUGAGUACAACUGACUCAACGUCCUAAGCUCACAGCGAUGAUCAGCAACAGUAUACUUAAUGAUUUUUUGGAUGAAUUUGCAUUUAGCAGGAUCUGAAUCGUACAAAAAGACACUUUUUUCUCUAAAUUAGAUUUGACAGCAUAUUGCUCAAUGAUACUUAAAACAGAUUUAUUACCACUUAGAUUUUUAGAACAAAUUUUAAGCCUUAACAGCAAAAUGCAUUUAAAUGGAAUCGAUUUGACUGAAUCACAUACGAAAUAAGAGAUUUUAUCGAAUACUAGAUCUGCACCCAACAGUAAUUAUCUUGUACUUAACAUGCUCAAUUUUAUACGCAUUUUUUUUAAACGAAAACAACGAAUUUCUGUGCCUUGCAUUCCGAAUACUCAACAAUACAACGAAUUUGCAUGAUGCAUGAUGCUUUUUAAAUCGUAUCAACAUUUUUUCAAUAGAAAACCAUACACAUAUUCAUUUCGAAAGCUAUAAUAAGAAAUUUAAUGCUUUUUAAGAAAAUUUUAUGAUUGUUAAACUUUGUUCAAUGUAAUAGUUAAAAAGGGCACCAUUAGGAUUAAAUAAAUUGCCAUGAUUAUGUUCACCUGAAA